GAGCAAAGUCGGCCGCAAUGGCGGGAGGGAGAGCACGCGAGAGAAAAGUGAGCGCGCGCCGUUGUCUCGCCCCCACAGCGUUUAGUGACUGACAGCGACAGCGUCGUUCAUCUGUGAAAAACAAUAAACCACGGUUUUCUUCUCCAGUGACUGGACACUCUUAUCAUGUCGAAAGGCACGGUAGUUUUGGCCUACAGCGGCGGGUUGGACACUUCGUGUAUUCUGGUAUGGCUGAAGGAGCAGGGGUAUGAUGUGAUUGCCUACCUGGCAGAUAUUGGGCAAGAUGAAGAUUUUGAAGCUGCCCGGAAAAAGGCAGAAAGCCUUGGUGCAAAGAAGAUUUUCAUUGAAGACCUGCGUGCAACAUUUGUUGAAGAGUUCAUCUGGCCUGCAAUUCAGGCCAAUGCUGUCUAUGAGGAUCGCUAUCUGUUGGGAACUUCAGUAGCACGGCCCUGCAUCGCCCGUCGUCAAGUUGAGAUUGCAAAGAGUGAGGGUGCUCAGUAUGUCGCCCAUGGUGCAACUGGAAAGGGCAAUGACCAGGUACGCUUUGAGCUCACAUGCUAUGCCCUCUACCCAGAGGUUAAGAUCAUUGCACCUUGGAGAAUCCCUGAGUUCUACACCCGCUUCCGUGGAAGGACAGACCUGUUGGAAUAUGCAGAGGAGCGUGGUAUCCCUGUCCCUGUCACGCCAAAGGCACCAUGGAGCAUGGACGCAAAUCUCAUGCAUAUAAGCUAUGAGUCUGGCAUCCUGGAAAAUCCCAAGAACCAUGCACCUCCUGACCUGUACCUGAUGACCAAGAGCCCAGCAGAUGCUCCAAAUGUCCCUGAUCAGCUGGAGAUAGAGUUCAAAAAGGGUGUGCCUAUCAAGGUGACACAUUUGAAGGAUGGAACAUCAAAGAACAAACCUCUGGAGCUUUUCCAGUAUCUCAAUGAGAUUGGAGGAAAGCAUGGAGUGGGCAGGAUCGACAUUGUGGAGAACCGUUUCAUCGGCAUGAAGUCUAGGGGAAUCUAUGAAACCCCUGGAGGAACCAUCCUCCUUCAUGCCCAUCUGGACAUUGAGACCUUCACAAUGGAUAAGGAAGUGCGCAGGAUUAAGCAGGGACUCGGCAUCAAGUUUUCAGAACUCCUCUACAAUGGUUUCUGGUACAGUCCCGAGUGUACGUAUGUGCGCAACUGCAUAGCCGCAUCGCAGGAGAAUGUUGAGGGCAAAGUACAGCUUUCAGUCUUCAAGGGUCAUGUCUACAUCCUGGGAAGAGAGUCGCCCAUGUCUCUGUACAAUGAAGAGCUGGUCAGCAUGGACGUGCAAGGAAACUACGACCCAUGUGAUGCCUCUGGAUUCAUAAAGAUCAACGCUGUCAGGCUCCGGGAGUAUCACCGUUUGCAGGGUUCAUUUGGUGGCAAGAAAUAAAGUAUUGCAGCCCAUCAGCUCUCACCUGUUCCUUUAGGGUUAGAACUUCGUGCCGUCAUACUGUGCCUCAUGAUUGCCUGUUGCCUUAUUCUCCUCAGUUAUACCAUUGU